AUGGACGACAUCCUCAUACCAGAUGAGGGAGUCGAUUCGGGCCAUGUCACUGUGACAACAGCCAACCAGCAAGUAAUCGACUACAUCGAGGCCACGUUCAAUGCUAUCCUUGACGAGAUCAGACGGCCCUCAGCAGACGGUAAGCCAGUAUUGAUACUAGACCGGAUCGUCUCGGUCAAGCCAUACUACGACGACGACGACUUUGCCCGAUUGAAGUGGCAUGUUGAAGCUCGUGAAGUGAGAUAUCACUUCCCUGGCAAGAACAAGGACGAAGCAUGGAGAUUCGCCUGCGUUGGGCGCAUUUUGAGUGAGAUCUAUGCUGCACUCCGACAAGGUGUAACUAUCACAAAGCGAGACAUCUACUACCAUGACCCGGCGCUAUUCAAAAAUCAAGAAACGGUUGAUCGAUACCUUGACGAUAUCGCCCACACUUGCCGUGUGACGAGACGAGACUUGAACGUGGUUGCAAGCCCGAAAGGUCUUGUUGCUGGACUCUUCACUUCCUCGGCCGAUGAUCAUACACCCGUCAUUCAGUCCAUAUGCGAAGGCACCCCGGUCAAUGCGACAGCACAUAUCGGCUGGAUCCUUGUCGUAGAAAAAGAGGCGACAUUCAAUGCUCUGGUGGAAAGAGAAUUCCAUCAACAUCUCACAGUCGGCCCAGGCCUCAUCGUAACCGCAAAGGGAUACCCUGACCUUGCCACCAAGCAAUUCUUGCGCCAAGUUCUUGAUUAUGCUCAAUUCUCUAUUCCCGUCUUUGGCCUCUUCGAUUGGGAUCCCGAUGGGAUCUGUAUCCUUAAAUGCUACCUGUACGGCUCCAAGAAUUUGGCACAAGAGCACGACUGCAACAUCCCUGAGAUGAGAUGGAUCGGGCUCAAAGCGCAAGACACGACUACCUGUCAGUCUGCAUAUGAUCCGUCGAGGCAAAUAGGCAAGCGCGAUCGGAUAGCGGCUAUUUCCAUGCUGGCGAACCAGGAGUGGCGUGAAGAUACGGGGGAUGUGCUAGCUGGGCUGCAGGCACCGCUUGCUGAGCUCCGGCGGAUGCUCAUGUUGAACCGGAAAGUCGAGAUCCAAAGCCUGGACGAGGCGCAGGGUGGCCUUGAGGACUGGUUGGCUGACAAGCUGAGGGCGGAGCUCGACUUGUGGUAA